CAACUCGCGUUCCAUACAAAAACUGCCAACGUACACCGGCAAAAUGGCUGACCAGCAAAGAAUUAAAGCUUUGCGUGAUAAAAUAAGCACUUGGGACCAAAGGACAUCUACAAUGGCACCACUGACGGAUAGACAAAAAGACAGUUAUAUGGAUUUGACGUCACAUGCAUCAAAUAAACCAUUGCCUAUUGAGCUACCACUGGAGGAAGCAGGCAGUUUUUCUCAGCAGCUGUCGCUAGUCUCUACUCCAAACCUCUCCCACAGCGGAGAUUCUUUGGCUGAGGGCUUCGCUUCACUUGGGAUGAAGGAUGAGAAAAUCGAAAAUGCCCAACAGUUCUUUGACUGGUUCAAUAAAGUUGAGAGUCAGAUGGAACAGGAAGAAGAACUGUGUUACAGGUCGUACUGUGAUCAGCUGAGUCAGUACAAAGAACAAUGUGAUCUUGUGAUGGAAGAGGUUUCUACGGCCUUAGACCAGCUUAGAGACCUCAAGCAGCAGUAUGUUCUGGUUGCUACGAAAACCAACGCUCUUCAUGAAGCGUGUGAACAAUCAAUGGCAGACCAGACAAUGUUAGUGAAUAAGGCUGAAGCCAUCAGCUGUAAGCUUGCCUACUUCAAUGAACUAGAAAGGAUCAAUCAGAAACUGAGCUCGCCAACGUUUGCUGUCACCAACGAAUCGUUUGUGCCACUCCUGUCCAAGUUGGAUGAAUGUAUUGCCUACAUCAUCGGAAAUCCCCAGUACAAAGAAUCUGAGCUGUUCCAGGCCAGGUUUAAGCAGUGUUUGAGUAAAGCAUUGACCCUCAUCAAAGCUGCAGUCUUCACCAUUCUCAAUGGAGCUACACAACAGGUUGUUCCUAAGGAUGUGACGAGUACAUCAGAGAAUGCGUUCACACUCUUCUAUGGGAAGUUUAGAAGUAACGCUCCAAAGAUCAAAGCGUUGAUGGAGCAGGUUGAACAGAGACUAGACAAGACGCCAGAGUACACCACCCUUCUUGGUGAUUGCUUACAUUGUUACUUCAGUAAGAGGCAGCAGCUUCUCAUGCCCAGCAUACAGAUGGCUGUAUCAGAGCUUGCUACUAAACAUGCCAGGGACCACUGCUCUCUGGUGCGGAGUGGAUGUGCCUUCAUGGUACAUGUCUGCGAGGACGAGUAUCAACUCUUCUUUCAUUUCUUCUCAAAGUCAUCAGAAAAACUGGAUGAAAUGUUGGAACAGCUUUGUAUCAGUCUCUACGAUGUUCUUCGUCCUCUGAUCAUCCACAUCAAUCACCUUGAAACCCUGGCUGAGCUCUGCAGUAUCCUCAAAACAGAAAUGCUACUGGAUCACGUACAAGCCAAUCCGAGUGAGCUCGGUGCCUUUGCAGUGGUUGCCAAUCAGAUGCUAGAGGACGUCCAGGAACGGUUGGUCUACAGAUCAAGCGUCUACAUCAAGUCGGAUAUACUCAACUACAACCCAGCCUCUGGAGACUUGGCCUAUCCUGAGAAACUAGAAAUGAUGGAGAGCAUUGCGGAAAGUCUGCGAGAGCAAAGGCUCAACAAAUCACGGCGGAACUCUGGUGAUUCGAUCGGAUCAGCAACAAGUAAUGAGGUUGCGACCCUCAACCAAUCAGGAUCAGCCUUUAUGAGCGGUCAGACCACGCCCCCUGAGGGUAUGGGACCAGCCGUCAUGGCACCCAUUGGUUCAGGUGCCGGUACAGCUACCAUCCACGUCAAUGCUUCCCUGUCUCCCGCUGAUCUACAUGGGAUGUGGUAUCCUACGGUCAGACGUACGUUGGUCUGUCUCUCCAAACUGUACAGGUGUAUAGAUAAAUCCAUCUUCCAAGGUUUAUCACAAGAGAUUCUCCAGUCGUGUAUUCAUUCCCUCAAUGUGGCGUGUCAAGGCAUCACCAAGAGAAAGACCCAGCUAGAUGGGCAGCUCUUCCUGAUCAAGCAUCUCCUGAUUCUCAGAGAACAGAUUGCACCAUUCCAGGUGGAAUUCUCCAUCAAAGAGACCGGUCUGGAUUUCAGUACGAUGAAAGUUGCUGCCUUUGGCCUGUUUAAGAAGCCAAGGGGCCUUUUUGUACUUAGUAGCAACAAUUCAUUCCUGGAAUUCCUUUUUGAGGGUGCGCCUCAAGUUACGGAACACUAUGUAGAUUCCAAGAAAGACGUAGAUAACCAACUGAAAUGUACUUGCGAGGUUUACAUCAAACAUGUAGUAGACCUUCUAGCCUCUGAGCUUGUGGCGUUCAAGAAAAAGGCCCAAGUAAUUAUUGAUCUGAAUGAAGAGGAGAGUGGAACAAAGGUGUCAUUACGUAGUCAACCUUUUGCUAGUCCAGAACGUGUGCAUGAGGUUGUAGGGGCGUCAUACAAGCAGAUUAAAACACAGCUACCAAAGGUCUUUCAUAGUAUGUCUCUGUAUUUAGCUAAUAAAGAUACAGAGUAUAUUCUAUUUAGACCUAUCAAAGCUGGUGUACAGCUUGCCUACCAACAGGUGGAGGAGCUGGUGCAAAGUAACUACUCAGAAGAAGACCAACAGAUCAUAGCAUGUCCAUCUAAAGAACAGGUUAAUCUGCUUCUUGCUGCAUCUCCUUGAAGCAUGAAAGGGAUAGUCUGCAGACACAGACCCUAGCUGAUCAACAAGUAGGUCUUCACACAAAGACUAGCACACAGGGCCUUCGAGUACACAAGUCAUCAUUACAGUAGGAUUUGCAUUCAGACCCCAAUAACUCCAGUGAAGGGUUUGUACAGCAGACUGUGAGAAGGAUUGGGGGCCAUUACAAUGAAUUUCACCUCGAUUGAUCCUUGCCUCACCUCCGUCCUUACAAAGAUAGAUCUUUCCCAGUGGAAGCAUUUUAAGAAGGGCUUCCCAUUUGCUUUCUUUAUCAGGGCAUGGUUUCAUUAAUAUUUUUGUCUGAUCUGAGAACUGUCCUUGAUUUUGAUUGGCUGAGAGGCACUGUUACCAUGGUAUCAGUCGGAUAAACCAGGACUUGAUGGAUAAGACGUUGUCGGAUAAAACAUCCGACCAGUCCUUCAAUGAACCGCUCCCGUUGUGCUGCUGAGUCGAUCAAAAUCAAGGAAAGUCGUCAGAUAUGACACAUUGACGAAAUUCUCUCCUGUUAUGCGCAUUACCCAGGACAAUCAAAACAUCUAUGUGUAUUUAUAAAAAAAAUUGUCUGCAUUUAUAUUCCUUGUUUUAUUCACAAUUUUCUUUUGUCAUGAGAGUCAUUCCAUAAUGCUGUUCGAGAAUUAUGAACUCAAUGCACGACAGGAGAUCCUCUCUCGUGCUAAAUGGGAUACUCUUAAUAUGGUAGUGCAUUUUCGACGACCCUUAUCAAACCUUUAAAAAUGUGGAAUUUACCAAUCAGAUGCUUGUUAAAAAUGAGUAUUUCAAGCUAUAAAGAUUGGAUUUCAACUUUAGCUGAUUGCUAUUAAAUGAUUUAGAAUCUUAUUUACAUGUAGCAUCUAAGACAGGAUCAAGAGUUGUUUGUAAUGUCAUUCGUAAUUUACGAACUGUGUUCUAAAAAAACCCACCCAGGUGGGUGUUUCAUAAAGCUGUUUGUAAGUUACCUUCAAUUUUACAAAGGACUGGUGAUCCUUUCUUAGGAACUUCAUCAGCACCAAUGAAAUCAAGGUGUGUUUCAUUUACCACAAGAAAGGAUCACCAGUCGUUUGUAAAGUCGCUUACAAACAAAGAGCUUUAUGAAAAACCUACCAGGAUUCAACAUGCAGUAUGUGCCAAACUUUAACAGGAAAAAUAGGGAUAACUAUAUAAUAUUGUAAAUGAAAUUAGGGAUGCAGUCAUUCUUUCCUACUUACCGGUAUGCAAAGUUGUACAUUGGUGUUGGUUUCGCAGUCUAUAGAUCAUGAACAGACCUCAAAACUUAAAUGAUUAAGACAGCUGCUGUACUGUCCAGAUGAUUGGAAAUCAUUGAAGUUUUAUUUCAAAGGAGUUAUAUAUGUAUUCUGGUUAUGAUUGGUAAAUGUAAUUUUGUGUGUCACAGUCUUUAUCAUGAUAUUUAAUUACAAUAUCUCGCAGAAUCAUUGUAAAAACUGUUUUUGUAAAGUUUUGAGGUUAUCGUUUAAGGGUGUAUCAGCUAUCGACCAUCUUUCAUCUAAACCCGAAACUGGAAUUUUAAGUUAUUCGGCUGAUCCUUACACUUUCAUAAAUGUAUAUAGUGUAUACAUCUGUUAUCUCAAUUGCUAUCACCCAAACUCAUGUUAUGGUAUUCUGAUUGCCAUGGUGUAAGUUAAACCUGGGUUAACGUAGACCACACUUUUAUGGAGUGCCAUUUGUCACUUAAUCACCAAACAUUAGUCUUAUCUUGUUGCAACAAAAAUGUAAAAAAAAAUGAUUGAGUCAUGCAAUGGGAAAAAUAGGAAAAUACAAAAAUGUAAUGAAUCUUAAUUCAUUAAUUGGUACAUUAUAAUUGCCAUGAAUAUGGAAGAAAUAUUAUAAAGCAAGAAUUCGUAGAAGGGUGGUUUAAAAUUUCAGAUUACACUAGGGUUAAACCUAAGGUUUUUAUCAGAAUAGGACCAAUGAUGUUACUUUUUAAUGUCAUUUGAUUAGACCCCCAAAAGAUAAAUGAAUGUUAAACAUGUGACAAUGUAUACAUGUAUGUAUAUGCAUUUGGAAAGGAGACAUUUGUUUAUGUAAAACAAUGAACAUUACAUGUACAUCUACUUCAAAAAAAAAAUUAAUGCGAUGAAUUAAUGUAAGUUAGUGAAAUUUCUUUACAUAUGUAAAACGAGACCUUGAACAUUAUAUUUUGUUUGAUAUUUCUGGAUGUCUUGUAAAAGAAACUGGUUUGUAUAUUUUGAUCCUUUGAUGAAUGAGGCUUAAUAUAUGAUAUCCACAUGAAUGUAUGAUAUUACAUUUCAUAAUGAUAUGUGGUGGUGAAAAAAAAAUGAAAGUAGAAUGAAUAGAGACAUAGUUUAUAAAGCUUUGCAGUUUGCACUUGUCAAACUGUGUAUGGUGCACACAUGAAUGAAGUGAAGCGAGAUAUAAUGAAGGGGACGUAAAGUAUAGCAAAGAAAUUGGUGCGUGAUAUAUCAGUAAAUUAGACUUGAUCUCCAGUCUGACAAGGUAAAAAUGAUAGAAUAAUAAUAAUAGGCAUUUAUAUAGCGCCAUCAUCUAGAAAUAUUAUAUUCCAAGGCGCGUUUUUUGUAUUAUUAUUAUUACCCCGGCUUUAACUCGAGCUGCCUUUCAGCGCUCAUGCAUUCAAGGAAUAAUAAGUAUUUCCACAACAAAAUAUGUUUGUGUGCCCAAUUUAGGGGGGGGUGUUUUCACAAAAUUUAAUAUCUAACUAAAAUCACACUUAAUUCCCAUUCGCAUGUUACUCGUAACACAUCACUGCAUUGGCCAAUGGGACAUGCUCUACUGCGCAUGAAUUGAUGAGAUUUACACCCUACAUACCAUGUGCACCUUGGUACUUAUGCAUGACUUUUAGUCAGACUUCAAUUUUGAUGAAACACCCCACCCCAGGGGGAUGUUUCACAAAGAGUGAAGUGUGACUUGAGUCACGCUUAAACGCCAGUGCGCACAUGAUAUGUAACGCGCAAUCUUAUUAAUUAAUACGCAUUAGUGAUUUGACCAAUGCCGUGAAGCCUUUUAUACUGAUGCAAAUGUGAUUAUAAGUCAUACUUCAAUUUUUAUGAAACACCCCCCAGGACUGAUAAACUUGGUUAAUGUUGCUCCAAGUAUGCCUAAAUGACCAGCUCGGUCAACAAGGCUCAGAGUGCUACAUAUUAUUGCGUUGUAAGUUCUACUUGCGUCUCGAAUGAUCGAAUCUAUUCACUUCUAUGCCAUAUUCCGAAGAGUGUACAUUGCAAAGCUUUCGUAUGUCUGUUCUGUAACUAUUUAUGUUUAAUAUUAUCAGGGGAGUCUUUCACAAAGCAAUUUGAUUUCCACUGAAUUAUUUGUUCUGAGCCAAUCAGAUGAAAGGAUUUCAGUAGCUUAUAACAAGUAGUCAGUGAAAAUCAAUGACUACUUCUUUAUGAAAUGCUCCCCCGAUUCCAAUAUGUUGUCUUACGUAUAUUGUGUUGAUACAAAAUUUUAUUUUAUACAAACAGCUGGCAAUAAAACUGUUUUGUAAUAAUCGACAAUUCCAUUAUUGUUACUAUGUAAAUAAAUCUGGAAUAUAUUGAUAUUAGUUGAAUAUGAGGAUAGACUACAUGCUGUUGUGAUACAGAAUUAUUUCAUUGUAUUCUCAAGAAACAGCUUAAGAUAUGAAUAAAGAUGAAAUAUAAAACAGA